GGCAGCGCGUUGUAAACUGGUGCCGUGUUCGCAUGAUUUCUUUCCGAGAGGCAAAACGUAACAUAGUACUACAAAGUUUGUUCAGUUAUUUUUAUUUUUAUUGAUUUUCUAAGGACGUGUGUGAGAACUAACGCGCAAGAUGCCGCGAAUUAUGAUUAAAGGUGGCGUUUGGCGCAACACUGAGGAUGAGAUCCUUAAAGCAGCUGUGAUGAAAUAUGGCAAAAAUCAGUGGUCUCGUAUUGCCUCGCUGCUGCACAGAAAGUCGGCCAAACAGUGUAAAGCUAGAUGGUAUGAAUGGCUGGAUCCCAGCAUCAAGAAAACAGAAUGGUCACGUGAGGAAGAGGAAAAGCUCCUACAUUUGGCCAAACUGAUGCCCACCCAGUGGAGAACGAUAGCUCCCAUCAUUGGCAGAACUGCAGCACAGUGCCUGGAGCACUACGAGUAUCUUCUCGACAAAGCUGCUCAAAGAGACAAUGAAGAAGACACAACUGAUGAUCCUCGCAAGCUUAAGCCAGGGGAGAUUGAUCCAAACCCUGAAACCAAGCCAGCCAGGCCAGACCCUGUGGACAUGGAUGAAGAUGAGUUGGAGAUGUUGUCUGAGGCCAGAGCUCGUUUAGCAAAUACACAAGGAAAAAAGGCCAAGCGGAAAGCCAGGGAGAAGCAGUUAGAAGAGGCAAGGCGCUUGGCAGCCCUGCAAAAGCGCAGAGAGCUGCGUGCUGCAGGCAUAGAUAUCCAGAAGAAGCGUAAAAAAAAGCGAGGUGUAGACUACAAUGCAGAAAUUCCCUUUGAAAAAAAGCCUGCACCAGGUUUUUAUGAUACAUCUAUGGAGCAAUACGAUCCACUCGAGCCUGACUUCAAAAGACUUCGCCAGCAGCAUCUUGAUGGAGAGCUGCGAAAUGAGAAAGAAGAGCGUGAGCGUAAAAAGGAUAAACAGAAGAUCAAGAAGAAGAAGGAGUCUGAUCUCCCCUCUGCCAUCUUGCAGACUAGUGGGGUCUCCGAGUUCACUAAAAAAAGGAGCAAGCUAGUGCUGCCUGCACCUCAGAUAUCAGAUGCUGAACUGGAGGAGGUGGUGAAACUUGGCCAGGCCAGUGAAAUCGCUCGCCAAACUGCAGAAGAGUCUGGCAUCACAAACUCGGCUUCCAGCGCUCUGCUUUCUGAGUACAAUGUCACCAAUAACAGCAUGGCCUUGCGUACACCUCAGACUCCUGCAGCACAGGACAAGAUUCUACAGGAAGCCCAGAAUCUGAUGGCUCUCACUAAUGUGGACACUCCUCUGAAAGGUGGUCUAAACACACCUUUGCAUGAGAGUGACUUCUCUGGGGUCACUCCACAAAGGCAGGUGGUCCAGACCCCCAACACUGUGCUCUCUACACCUUUCAGAACCCCAAGUCAUGGAGCAGAAGGUUUGACCCCUCACAGUGGCAUGACUCCAAAACCCUCAAUCGGCGUGACCCCGGGUCGCACGCCGCUGCGAGACAAACUCAACAUCAAUACUGAAGAUGGUGUGGUGGAUUACACAGAUCCAGCUUAUGCCAAGCACCUGCAACGGGAGUCUCGAGAGCAGCUGAAGUUGGGGUUGUUGUCUCUUCCCCUGCCCAAGAAUGAUUUUGAAAUUGUGCUGCCUGAGAACGCUGAAAAGGAGAUGGAGGAACCAGAGGUGGAUGAGAGCUUUGUGGAGGACGCAUCUGACAUUGAGUUCCGUAAACAGGCAGCCAGAGAAGCUGAGCGAGAGAAAGAGCUGAAGCAGAGACACACAUCAGUGCAGAGAAAUUUACCCAGGCCCUCAGAGGUAAAUGAGACCAUUCUGAGGCCUCAGAAUGUAGAGCCUCCUCUCACAGAGCUGCAGCAGGCAGAGGAGCUCAUAAAGAAAGAGAUGAUCACCAUGAUCCACUAUGACAGUCUGCACCACCCAUACACAGAAGUCCUGGCUAAGAAAGCUAAAGGAGGUUCAGGUUCUACCAAUGCUGAUCACAUUGCCUACCUAGAGAAAUCACCUUAUGAAAAAGUGGCAGAGGAGGAACUCAAUAAGGCUAAAGAUCUACUUCGGCAAGAGAUGGAGGUGGUGAAGCAUGGCAUGGGUCAUGGUGAUCUUUCAAUUGAGGCCUAUAAUCAAGUUUGGGAAGAGUGUUAUAGCCAGGUGCUGUACCUGCCCGGACAGAAUCGAUACACCAGAGCCAAUCUGGCCAGCAAAAAGGACAGGAUUGAGUCCCUGGAAAAGAAACUGGAGGUGAACAGAGGACACAUGACAACAGAAGCCAAACGGGCAGCUAAGAUGGAGAAGAAGAUGAAGAUUCUUUUGGGGGGAUACCAGUCUCGGGCCAUGGGUCUGAUAAAGCAGCUCAGUGACCUGUGGGACCAGGUGGAGCAGGCCAACAUGGAGUUACACACCUUCCAGGAGCUGAAGAAGCAGGAGGACUAUGCCAUCCCACGCAGACAGGAGGCUUUGAGAGAAGAUGUGCAAAGGCAACAGGACAGAGAGAAGGAGCUUCAGCAGAGGUUUGCUGAUCUUCUCCUUGAGAAGGAAAGUUUGCUUUCAGAGAAGUUCUGAAUGUAAUAUUGGACUGUAAAACUCCACUUUGGCUGUAUCUGCACUGUAAUCUGUAAAAAAAAAAAAAAAAAAAAAAAAAAAAAGUACAGUUAAGGCUUUGGAGUGGUUUUACUUGUUCAGCAUUGUCGACAUACCAUGUUUGCUGCUGUACCUUUGGUUUUAGCAGCAGUCAUUUGGUUCCUUUCUCAUACUCAGAUGCAGUUUAGCUGGUCCUUGAGAUUUCAAGGAUGAUUCAUUUGUUGAGGUUUUUUUUUAAUUGUGAAAAUGUGACUUGACUUGUAAAUAAAAUGUCACACAGGAUGUUCUUUAUUCCAGAGUCAGGAUUUAGCAUAAUGAGGUCAUGAACCUUUUUAUUGCUCCGUCAUUGUGCAGGGAAUUGCAUAAGCUUUGAGAGUACUGGUUAUUUACGCAAUAAAUCAUUAGCCUCAAA